GUAAUUGUAGACGUCAUGACACAGUUACUGCGUCUAAGCAACCAGCCUCGCUGGCUUAUCUUUCAAACAACCUCUAAAUGUUCGAGUACUCAUCUUGAAAUAUGGAAGAAGCACAACAAAAUAAAAACGAAAACCAACAAUGCAGUGCCUCUCGGGAUACAGAUAUCCAAGAAAAUAAAUGCAGCAGUCCUAGGUCAGGUAAAGGUGAGAAGGAAAAUAAAAAGAAGAAUAAACCAAGAAAGAGGAAAAGAUCUGCAAAACAGAUGGAGAGAUGGAACAGAUAUAGAGAAAAUAAAUAUAGGAAUUAUGUGCACGAUGCUGUCAAUGGCCAUGCUGACCCAGCUAAAUGUGCAUCAUCAUCAUAUGUAAUGCCAUAUAUUUAUCCAUUAAUAUGGCCUGUAAUUAGGCCAGCUGACUUACCGAUUUCUCGUAGCGUCUUAUACGCAGACACUCGCUAUAAAAGGCAAGUCCCAGAUACGCAAGCUUCAGGAGUUUCGCAACACUCGAAGUCAGUUUUCUCAGUCAAUGACCCUAAGCAACAAUUUGCUGAUACGUCUGUUCGUGUGAGGGUCUCGGAUACCCCGAAAGAAGAUUUAAUCCCGAAAGCUUCUACUGCAACAACAACAACCCCAGAAAUAAUUUCCAGUUUGAGAGCAGACGCGGAAGUUUUUGUUCCUAGUAUGGCUGCAGGAUGCCUUGAACAACUUGUUCCCAACACCAACACCCCUGCUACAGAACGAGUUGGUCAUCCAGGAGAUACAAGGUGGCAGAAGGUAGAUCCACAACCAAAAGCCGACGCGGACGUGUUUGUUCCGGCUGGAGAAGCAGGACCGCUACAUGAAAUACCUAAGGUUUUUGAAACAUCAGCCGAAGUGCCUUUACCAGAAACACGUCUACGUAAUACUGAUGUUCCUGCUAAACUCAAAACCGAUCACGACAUUCACGAUGAAGACAUGUUUGGAAUACUGUCAGUCUAUGCUGACAGCGGUCUUCACAACGACUUUGAUAAGAUGGUGUGCAGCAACACAACGAAAGAAGACUUUGGUUACGUCUAUUUUUCUAUUUCAAAUCUGUAAAAUUGUAAGCAAAUGUAUAAUAAAAUUCAUUUUGUAAUU